AUGAGCCAGGCAUAUAAUGGAGGCAGGGAUUGGCCGGCACAAUCUCCACCGUCCUCUCAAAGGCCACGGGACCGAGCCCAGGUUGGCUUUCCCUUCAGCAGCGAGUCAAAUAGGCGUGAGCAGCGGCUGAGACACAAUCCGAAUCCGAGUUACGAUACACCACCUCAGGAUGAGGUAUCACCGCCCAACUCGACCAGAUCAAGAGCAGCCAACGGCCAGAAUGGUAACAUGGCACCAACAAUCUCACGACCGUCGCCGGCUCCUCAGUGGCCACUGCAGAGCCCUGAUGCAGCAGCCCCCCCGGAUGCAGAUUCAUAUCGUCCACCGCCCGAUCGACCUCGAGUAGCCCCCCAAAGGCCACCACGCCCAAGCCAAGUCCCGUCCUUGGUAGAUCAAUCUCGUCCACAACAGCCAACUCCCAUAUUCCGUGUCCCAGGAGAACCUGCCAGCCCAUCAGAAGUCGAAAGCCCUGUUUCAGAGACUUCAGAGCGUCCAAGGAGAAGCGCAAAUCUGGGGCCACCGCCCUCUAGUAGAAGAGGACAGUCUUCCUUUUACUCUGCAACCUCUUUUGUUUCUCCGAUUCCUGAAGAACAUUCGGCCUAUACAUCUCACAAUUCUUACGCUUCGAGCGCAGCUAUGCCCGAUGCAUGGAGAGCUGAAUCUGCGGGUACUAGCCCGGGGUUUCAUGGAGGAGGAUUCUACGAAGAAUCGUUAACGGAGAGAAGCAGAAAUUCCGGGUCAGAAGACUAUAGCGAUGAGAGUGGGUUAGUAUCCGGCCAAGACGAAUAUGCGCUCCAGACACUCUCUAGUCCACACUCUAGGGGAAAGAAGCCGGCUUCUCCCAAUCCGUUUAAUGACGGAACAGGCCUCAUCGACGAAUUCACUACCGACUCUACUCCCAACACCUUCUCAAAUAAGCAGGCUCCAGCGGCCGCUCCCGGCGUGGUAAACCACAUCGCAGCGGUUCGUCUGAGCCAGUCCGGCACGAUGAGCCCCGCAGAUUUACGCAGAGCCGCAGGAUCCCCCCCGCCAACCAGUCGCCUUUCUGCUAUUCGACGCCCACCGAGGCUGGAUAUCGACGCCGUGCGAGAGGCUGAGUCGAGAGGAAGUCUUACCAGUUUGCCAGAUCUGAUCCGACGAGCUACCCGUCUCGCUUCGAUGAUUGACAAGGGCAAACGGCCAUCAAGUCGCCUCGAUGAACUCGACUUCUUUAACGAAAAGGCGAGCAGUGGCAGUGGAGUGAAGCGCUCUUUUGACGAUCGUUAUCAAUCGGGCCUCUCGGAUAUGCUGGCCGCUUUCCCUCCCCCGGUGCAAACUCCUGUACACACUCACCGACCCACGAAUGCCUGGCCUUCGGUGCCGGGAGGAACCUACACCGGCCGUGAGAAAUUCAUGAUGACCCCCGACGACCAGGAGGUGCCAGCCAAUUCCAACGCCAAACCCAAAGCUCGCAGGUGCUGCGGUUUGCCCGUGUGGGCCUUCAUCCUGAUCAUCUUCCUAAUGCUCUGUAUCAUUGCGACUGCUAUUGUUAUACCCUUGGAGUAUUUUGUAUUCAAGAACUUGGGCAAUAGCGCCAACAAAUCAACGACAGUCAACCUGCAAUCUUGCGCAAAGUCUCUGCCGUGCCUGAAUGGCGGCAGUGGUGUCGUUAUUAAUGGUACGUGCUCGUGCAUCUGCACCAACGGGUUCACGGGAGCCAACUGUGGCACGAACGGUUCAUCGGGCUGCACGACAACAAACUUGAUUCCCACGGACGGCUCUGCCCACAUCAACAACGUCACACUCGGUAUGGCUAUACCACGCAUCAUUGCUGAUUCGGGCAAGAACUUUUCUAUUCCCCUCUUGGGGACAGAAAUCCUGGCCAGGUUUAACACGGGAAACCUUUCUUGCAUCGCACAGAACGCUCUUGUUACGUUUGAUGGCCAGUCAACGAGAACAGGCGUAGCCAAUGCGCAAGUUCAGAGUACUUCUGAUAAUGCUCAAGACGCAACUGCCAAGGACUCUGGGCCAACGCCCGACCUUACAUCCCGAGACUUGAGAGCUGUUGAGGGCCAAGUGCCAUCACGAGUUCGAAGAAGCAGCCCCUCAUCCUCGAGCUCUUCUUCUUCACCCGAACAGACUUCCAUGUUCACUGUGACGCAACAAGUCCUCGACUUUGCUCGCACAGCUGUGCUGUACGUGCUCCAAGAAGAUAGUAUCGAGGCUGCCAACACAGCGCAGACUCAGCUCCAACAGUUUUUCACCCAGGCUUCUCAAGCAAUUACAAAGUACGGCUCCGUGGUGACAGUCCAACAGGCAUCUAGCAUCUCAAUCGGAGGGAACAGAACGGUUGACCUAGUGGAUGCCACGGUCGACAUUGGCCAAGGGCCGGUGGGAGGCAAGAAAACGUCAAAACGUGGCCUCCUUUUCGGCUUCUGA